AUGCUACGCGUGCUUUGCUGCUUUCUCUUUUCUUUUUUUUUUCUUUUCUCUUUCUUUGUCCAGCUUGGGUUAACAGCAAAGUCGUCAUUCUUUACAUUGAAUACUUCUGUAUUCAAUGUAGGAGUCCUUACCUCACAGUCGUGGCUAUUCGCGCAUCGAUGCACGUGGGACUAUACCAUGUUUUCUUCCAGUCGUUGUUUGUUUCAAGACUUAAGCGAGAAGUCGUAUAUCCUCAAGUACAGAGGUAUUGAAGUGCCAUCCUACAGCUGUAUGACCAUGCAUGUGUGCAUCUUCCAAUAUCCAUAUCGAGUUGCUACUGGAUUUUAA